UCUCUCUAGUCAGACCACCCCAUCUCUCUCUUUCUCUCUCUAGUCGGCCCCCCUAUCUCUCUCUCUCCACCCUGUACCCAACCACCAUCCAUAAAACCCCGCUUAAAAUCCCAAGGCCCCGAGUAGUUCUAGCGCCCUUUCGAUCCGACAAAUCCUCCUUCCAAACCAAAAACCUCUUUUUCUCUCUCUACACAGGUACUCUCUCUCUCUAUCUCUUCCUCUCUCUAUCUAUCUCUCUCUAAAAGUCUUCCCCUUGUUUUUAAACUGGUAAAAGGGAAAAAAUAGUACUAAUGGCCGUUAUCCAUCGACGCACAGUCUGGAAGGUGAUGGACCUCCCCCAACCCCUUUGAAGGCCUCUUGCUAGAAGGGGUUGUGGAAUUUUUUUUUUCUUUUUCCCAAAACAAGACAAUGCUGGCUGUUGGAUUUUGAUUAGGAUCAAUUGGUGGGGUUUUGGUUUUUUUUCUAGAGAGAGUGAGAUCUUUUAGAGGAAAAAGGGGUGGGGUCUUUGUUUUGCAAGGUUUCUGAAACUUGGGUUUUGUGAAAGGAAUCGAAUUUGUUACCUUGUGCAGUUUUCGGGGUGUUUUGAGGUUGGGUGUUGAUUGACUGAUCUCUUUUGGUUGGUCUUUUCUUUAUAUCAGAGGUAGGGUUGCAAGGUUUCUGAAUUUUGGGUUUGAGCUAAUUCAUCCCAGUAAGAGAGCAGAGAAGCAAAAGAGAAGAUAAUCGAGGAAUGCUGAUUAAUUAGAGUUUUCUAUAAUUUCAGGAUUUGGGUUUUCAAGAGGAGAGCUGGUUGAAUGGCGCUUCUUUAGUUUGCUUUCUGAAUUUCAAUUUUCAAGAGAGCUCCUGAUUUGUUCUGGUUCAAGUAUUCAUGAAACAAAUUCUUGUUACCAUUAAUUCUAAGAAGAACUAAGAGUUUGGAUAUUUCAGAGUGUGAAGAGAAUGUUGAUCGAGAAGUAUAUUGGAAUGCGUGACAUGGGUUUCAAAGAACAAUGCAGGUUAAUCGAGGCCAUGAGAUUUUCAAAAUUGAAUUGGUAGAUAUUGUAGAGGAUUUUGGAUUUAAGACUCUGGACUGGGCUGAUCAAGAUCCUCAGACUUUGUCAGUAGAAAAUAAGAGAGACUGAGAGAGAAUCAGCGUUGAAAUCCUUUCUGAAUUUAAGUAGGGAUGUGGCUUCUAUCUUUGCCUACAUGCAUCGUGCAUUGUCGAUAGGUCAAUAUAAUAGCGGGAUUCUAACAAGAACCUGCACGUUUAAAGGGUGUGUGGAAGAUUAUGGGCUGUAUUUGCUCAAAAGCCUCAACCACGGAUGAUUAUAUCGAGAACCGAACUGAGAAAAACUCAAGCAAAUCCACUGCAAGGCGCUCAUCCACCCCAUCAAAGAGAGAGGAAGUAAUUGUGGUUGAUGAUGGUGGUACUGAGAGAGAAAGUAGGGUGAGAUUGAUUUCAAAACCUGAACCAGUGGUUGUCACCCCUUUGUCUUCUGAGGAUGGGGAGAAGAGGGUGGUUGAGGUUCCCCAAAAAGUUCAUCAGAGGAGAGCGACUGUUGACUAUGGUGUGAAUGAAAAUCAUGAAUUAAGGAUCACGAAUUUGCCUAAUCAUAUCGAGGGGGAGCAAGUUGCUGCAGGAUGGCCUUCAUGGCUCACGGCGGUGGCAGGGGAAGCAAUCAAGGGAUGGAUACCUCGUCGGGCUGAUUCAUUUGAGAAACUUCACAAAAUUGGCCAAGGAACGUACAGCAAUGUCUAUAAAGCCCGUGAUCUUGAAACUGGGAAAAUUGUCGCCCUGAAGAAAGUGAGAUUUGUCAACUUAGACCCUGAAAGUGUCCGUUUCAUGGCAAGAGAAAUUCAUAUACUUCGAAGGCUCGAUCACCCAAAUGUGGUGAAGCUUGAAGGACUAGUUACAUCAAGGAUGUCUUGUAGUUUGUACCUUGUGCUUGAAUAUAUGGAGCAUGAUCUUGCUGGGCUUGCAGCUAAUCCUGGUCUGAAGUUCACUGAGUCACAGAUUAAAUGUUAUAUGCAACAAUUGCUACAUGGGCUCGAACACUGCCAUAGUCGAGGUGUUCUUCACCGAGACAUCAAGGGAUCUAAUCUCCUAAUUGACAACAAUGGAAUUCUAAGGAUAGCUGACUUUGGUUUGGCAACAAUCUUCCAUCCUGACCAGAAACAACCAAUGACAAGUCGGGUGGUAACAUUGUGGUAUCGACCACCCGAGCUUUUACUUGGUGCUACGGAGUAUGGGGUUGCUGUGGACCUGUGGAGCACUGGCUGCAUCCUUGCUGAAUUGCUGGCUGGCAAGCCCAUCAUGCCAGGAAGAACAGAGGUGGAGCAGCUUCAUAAGAUAUUUAAGCUCUGCGGUUCACCAUCUGAGGGGUACUGGAGAAAAUCAAAAUUGCCACAUGCGACCAUCUUUAAACCGCAACAUCCUUAUGAGCGUUGUUUUGUGGAGACAUUCAAAGAGUUUCCCUCCUCAGCUUUAGUUCUUUUGGAUUCUCUUCUCGCCAUAGAGCCAGAAGAUCGUGGAACUGCAUCUUCUGCCCUAAAGAGUGAAUUUUUUACAACCAAGCCAUUUGCUUGUGAUCCUUCGAGCUUGCCCAAGUAUCCACCAAGUAAGGAGUUCGAUGCUAAGCUUCGGGAUGAGGAGGCUAGAAGGCAAAGGGCAGCUGGAGAAAAAGCUGACUCUGUGAGCAAGGCUUCAAGAGAAUCAAGAGCAGUUCCAGCACCAGAUGCCAAUGCUGAACUACCUUCCUCUGUACAGAAGAGACAGGCUAAUUCCAAACCUAAAAGCAGCAGCGAGAAGUACAAUCCUCAAGCUGACGACGUGGGGUCUGGCUUCCUUAUGGAGCCACCAGGAGGGCCUGCAGGAGGGACUGCCCAAAAUGGGUUCUCUCACUCAGGUUCAUUGAUGCACCCCAAUGCCUAUGGGUCUUCUUGGAGCAAGAAACCAAAAGAAGAGGAGGUUAGAUUGGCCCCUAAUAGAGAAGGGGGUGGGGCUCGAGAUCCCAAUUUGAGGACCCAGAGGUCUUAUAUGCCGCAGCCAGUGAGCAAUAUGUCGGUCUUUAUGGGAAGGAGAAAGACUGCAAAGUCAGAUAAUCAUCGAGAGAGGACCACGAAUCAGCAUUGGCCUGAGCAUAGGAAGUUGAACCAAUUGGAGAUUGACGGGCCAUCAGACAAGUCAGAGUGGACUCACCAUUUGCUGGACCAGCCGACCACCUCUAAGAAGGACGAGAGGAUGGGCAAUAAGGACAUGCCAAGCGGUUAUGCCCCCAAGAAGAAUAGGAUCCAUUACUCGGGACCUCUCCUACCUCCAUCUGGUAACAUAGAUGAUCUGCUCAAAGAGCAUGAAAGGCAAAUUCAGCAUGCUGUGCGUAAAGCCCGGCUUGACAAGGUCAAGACCAAGAAGCAUCAGGGAGAGAUGACUCAGCUCGAAGCUCUACUUUUUCCUGGAAGGAAUGGUAGCUCAGAUUAUUGAAAGAAUUAACAAUGAUACACAAAAAGCUCAAAGUGCACGAGAUAGAAAUUUGGAGUGAAAAGACCCACAAUUUGGGGAAACAUAAGAAAUGAAAUUUAGAGAAAGAAUCACAGUUGAGCAUUGAAAUUUUGAGAAUCAGAGUUGAAAGAUGCAUGUGAGAGGACAUUAGUUCUGGACUUUGUGAGUUCAGGUGAAUUCUUAUCAGACUGUAGAUGAGGUUAGGACAUGGUGAUCUCGGGUUCUUCAGUUUUGUUUAUGGUCUGGUCUGAAUUGGUCCAAAAUUAUCUAUGGUGCAUAAUGCAUUUUGGGAACAUGGGUUGCUAAAAAUUCUUCACCAAGUCUGGUGCAAAUUUGAAAAUUGGAGACCUUAGGCAAUUCCUUUAAGAGGUAAUUGCUUAUAGGAAGUUGCAUUCUCCAAAGCCUCAGAAGGAAUCAGCCUAAAGGAUUAUACAUUGUGGAUUAGCAAAAGCAUGUUAUUUCUCUAUAGAAGUUGGUAGAAUUGGCCAUUGGUGGUUACGAGCGGUGAUUUUCUUUCAUAAAUUUAUCGGCAUCGGACAUUUCGGAGGUUGUUGUAGCAGCAGGUUGGGCAUCUGCAAAAAUUGUUGAACGGGUCUGGAAAUGGUACAAGAAGUGAUGGUUUUUUUAUUUCUGCAAAUUUAAAAUGACAUUGAUGUAUGGCAAAGCCAUCUCUCCCAAAUUGUAUGAAUCUAUUGUCUAUUCCAGGUUCGGUCUUUUAUGUUAUGCUAA